CCAAACGAAGUCGUGAAAGCGUUUCUGGUGAAGGAGAUCAGAAAUUCUCUGAUUUGAAUAGCCGUUGCUCUCACACCUCCUUCCCUCCAUUUUUUCAUCUCCUGCUGCAAAAUCCCAACGCCUUUAGCUUCUUCUUCAAUUCCACGCCCAAAUUACUUACAUGGUUUGGGUUUUGGGGAAUCGAUAAAGCUAUCGUAAGCGUUGCUUCGUCGAAUUGACUCACUCGGGCUUGUGGCUUUUUUCUUUCUGGGGAAUGGUAAAUGAGUGAUGAAUUCGUGGAUGGCGUAAUCUCAUGGAUAGUUACAUUGCCUUAUAAUCUUAUGGAUAGUUACAUUAGUCUCAGGCUCUCAGCAGGCUCAGCUCAGGUGUCUGCUGGUGGCCCUCUGUUGCCUAUUUAUUGAGUGAGAGACUGGAUUUCAGCGAAUAUGAAUUCUGCACCGAGGCAUACAUUGCAUCCUGGGCCCAUUGAUGACUCCGUACUUACCUUACAGGAUCAUCACAGAUCUACAGAGAUAUGGAAUGGUCAGAAUUUUGAACCACUGACUUGCAGGAGGUGUGAUGGCCACUUUUGGCGUUUGGGUGCCUUGGAUCCUCGAGUGCAAGAAAUGAUGUUGAAAGCAGGUUUUUAUGGGGUGUAUAAGGCUGGUCGCAUGCGGCUGGAUCAUGCUUUAAUCACAGCAUUGGUUGAGAGAUGGCGCCCAGAGACGCAUACUUUCCAUUUGCCAGUUGGUGAGACCACUGUCACACUUCAGGACAUUUCUGUGUUGUGGGGUCUCCCCAUAGAUGGUGAGCCUAUUACAGGUGUCGAUACCAACCGGUCACUGGAUGAAUGGCAAGAAAUAUGCAAUGAGCUAUUGGGAUUCAGACCCCCGCCUGAAGACUUUGAUCGCGGCCGCCUCAAGAUCCGAUGCUUACAGGAGAGGUUCAAAACAUUGCCAGAUGGUGCAUCAGAGUGUACAGUGCAAUUCUAUGCCAGAGCAUACAUUUUACAGUUACUUGGUGGGCAGCUAUUGUCAGAUAUGUCUAAUAAUAAGGUGAAGCUGAUGUACUUGCCCCUGCUCAGGGAUUUUGAAGUGGCUGGGAAGCUAAGCUGGGGUGGAGCUGUCCUUUCUUGCUUGUACCGGGCAUUGUGCCGUGCAGCCAAACCCGAGACAUCAGAUAUAUGUGGGCCAUUGGUCCUUUUGCAGAUCUGGGCAUGGGAGAGACUGCCUUUCAUCCGUCCAGGGAGAUUAACACCCCGUGAGCAGCCACCUCCUGAUGUAGUUGCUGGAGAUCACUCUUUGCCUUCUGCCCCCUAUGGUUCCAGGUGGAAUGUUGGUUUCAAGCUGGAGACUGUGGGAACGCAUGUCCUAGUCUUAUACAGGGACCAGCUAGAUAAUAUGAAGGACGACCAGUUUAUAUGGGACCCAUAUCCUCCUGAAGUCUUGGCCAGCCUCCCCGAAUACUGUCUUUCAGGAAGACAAAUAUGGCAGACAGUGGCUCCUCUCAUCUGCUUUGAUGUCGUGGAGUUCCACCAUGCUGAUCGUGUUCUGCGUCAGUUUGGUCAACAACAAUCCAUCCCUGCACUUUGUGACACUAUCCCCGACAUUCAUUUGACAGAUCGUCGGGGAAGACAGAAUUAUGAUUGGGCCCAUCAUCACAGGCAAUUUGUUGAUAUGUGGGCAGAACGCCGAGCCCGAGUCAUAUGUGGACCUCCAAUUGAUGGUCCAAUGGAUCAGAGUGAUCCAUACAUGAUGUGGUACAGAAGAAUCACUCGCUUAUUGAUUGGUAAUCCGGCCACUCGUCCAAAUACUGGAUAUCAGGGAGUUGGAGGUGCUAUGGAGGCAAUGUGUAUCCAGGCCCAGAGCUUACAAAAAAUAUAUCACCGUGCCUCUGAUGCUAUUCAUGAAGGUUAUGAGGUCUCUGGGGAAUAUGUCCUUAGGGAAAUCCAGGAAAUAUGUGCAUAUUCUCUCAGGGCAGCUCAUGAGGACCACCGUUUGACUGUGCGUCCUGAUAUGGGAGCAGCAUCUCCAUCGACAGCCCCAUUUGUUCCACCCAAGGUUCAGAGAGGUCGGCCAAGAAAGAGGGGCACACUUACUUCUGGACGAGCAACUGAUAGCCGAAGAAGAGGUUCACUGGUUUCUUCGAUGUUUCCCACCUCAUCAGAGGUGUCUCAUUCUUUUAAGCCAUCGAAUCUGUUUCAAGGAAAUGUUAGUGACGUGCCAGAUACACCGGGGACAUGGGAUUCUGGAUUGAGUGCCCCCGAUUUCCAGGAAGAUACUGAUCCGAACAUAACUCAGUUGGAUCCUGAAGCUACAGAAACUACAAACCCAAUGGUGCAGGCCCUUGAGAAGAUUCGAGAUAUAUGUGCAUGUGCUUUGGGAGUGAGUAAUCAAAACCAGGCCAUGCUAUCAACACAUGAUAUGAUCCCAGAUGGUCCCAAGAUGAAGCACUGCAAGCCCAGAAGGAAAGGCGAAAUGAGUGGGUACUUGCCGCAUGAUAGUACCGGACGGGAUGUUGAGCCUUUGGCUACACCAAUGUCAAGAGAGUCUCUGCUUCCAGAAUUACAUGACAACUUGCACUUGGAAAUGAUAGAAAUAGACACCCUUACCGGAAGCAGAGAAGCUUCACCAUCUCCUGCCGAUCCAUCUAUGCUAAAUCUACAUUGUGAUCCCCCAGGUGGUCAGGAUUCAGCCCUUACGUUGACUGAUGUGAAAACAGAUUUUUCACCAGGAAAUGAUGAACAAAUCCAAACUGGUUCUGCAGCAGACGACAGAGAACAAGAAGUCACUGGGCAGGAAUACAGAGGAAUUGGCGAUGAAGUCUUGCAACCGGUACCUGAACCUCCUGCAUUGGAACCAUGUUCACAGAACUCAGAACAACUACACCAUGUUGAUACUACAACAUUUAAUGGGACUCUUUUCCCUCAUGAAGAUGAUCCCAGUGCCUCUAUGGUUUCCACACAUAACCCUGAAGUGUCAACUUUACACCAUGAACCUAUUGAGGAGGCAAUGCAUGUGAAUGGAGUGGACAACAAGUCCAUCCCUGAACCUCCUGUACACGAGCCCCAAGAGGCUGAGAAUCCGCCAUUGUCCGACUCCAUGAGUCAUGGAAUGGAAGACAUAAAACCCUACGCUCAUCUUGCUGAAAAGAAUAUCCCAGAGCCAUCACCAGCGCAUCAAGAUAGCUGUGGUGAAACAAUCAAGGUUGAUGAGGUAGAUGGUGAUGCUUUAGAAUGUGGUCUAGCCAAGAGGAAAGGAGUGGAUGCAGAUAAUGCUGACACGACUUCCUCUGGUCCGACUGUAAAUUCACCCUGUCCCGAUAAUUCUCCUUUUAAGCCGUCGCCAGAGGGAGAGUUACAGGUUACUGAGAACGAUUCUGCAGCAGCCAAAGACAAUGUACAGAGGAAGUACAAGAGACAGAGGCGUUCUGCUCCAAAACAGGGGUAGUCCUUCCUUGCCCGUACCGCGCGGCUAUGCAUACACACUGCUGCAUGUAACUUUAUUCAUUCGGCUUCUUCAAUGUUAGUGUUCAGAGUUAUUGCGAUUGAAACUUUUCUUUUUAUUGUUUGGUAGAUUAGUAGAUUCUCAUUCCAGAACCAUGUUUUUUUUUUGACAGUGGCUGCAUGUCAAAUAAGUUGAUCUAGUGUUCAUUUUCAAUGUAUAUUAUUGGAAUUGUUUUGGUGGA